GUUAGGCAGUUGUGCUAUAACUACUGUCAACACGUGUGUAACUCAAAGAAACCUCUACCAGUCAACAACGAGCGACUUGACACUGAAUUGAGCAGUUGGGUGGUGACUAUGCAGUGAUGGCUGAUGCGUUCAGUAGCAGCUCGGAGAAUGUAAUUGAGCGUGUGGUAGAAGUCACAGCGAAGACAAACGUUCCUGUGGAAAAACUUGAUGAGUUGUAUUACAUCAAGAACACCUGCGACUUCAUCAGUCAGCAUCAAUUCCAAAAGGUUGCUUUGCAAUUUCCUGAUGAACUGCUGGUGGAUUCCAUUUCUAUAGUAGCCGAAAUCGAGAGAAUCACUGAUGCCAAACUGUUCAUUUUGGGAGAUACAUCCUACGGCAGUUGCUGUGUGGAUGAGGUCGCUGCGGAACAUGUUGGAGCUGACUGCAUCGUGCACUAUGGCAGCUCUUGCCUCAGCGCAUCCAAGAGGUUGCCAUUGAUGUACGUCUUCGAGAAAAGACUAGUGGACCUAGAGAAGUGCGCCUCCUCUUUCAGAGAACUCUACCCUGACACACAGAGUCACAUCGUCAUACUCUAUGAUGUCAGCUAUGCUCAUGCCAUUGAUGAUCUUCUCACCCUCCUGUCGCAGGAGUAUCCAAACCUUAUCGCUUCAGAGCUUGUUGUGGAAGGGGAGCAAUGUUUCAGCCACUGUCAGAUUAAGAGAAAACAGAAGGACGCCUGUUUGUCAGAGCAAGACAACAACCAGGUUUUGUGUCUGUUUGGAAGGCAGUUUUUCCUGAAAAGCGGUUUGAGCAUAACGGAUUACAGUAUGUUCUAUGUAGGCCAAGAAGGAGCAACCUUACGAAACUUCAUGAUGACUUGGAAUCGCUGCUCAUUUUGCUCUUUUGACCCCAUAACAAUGACCGGUAGGACUGAGUCACCAAGUGUCAACCGUACACUAAUGAAGCGAUAUUAUGCUAUAGAAAGGGCCAAAGAUGCCAAUGUGGUCGGCAUCCUCGUCGGCACGCUGGGGGUGGCAGAAUACCUCUCCAUAAUCCAGCAGCUGAAGGAGACCAUCCGCAGAGCUGGAAAGAAGAGCUAUAUGUUUGCCAUGGGGAAAAUCAACGUGGCCAAACUGGCAAACUUUCUGGAAAUUGACAUUUUUGUGUUAAUCGCAUGUCCUGAAAACUCCCUGUUGGACUCUAGUGAGUUUUACAGACCUGUAGUGACACCUUUUGAGAUGGAGAUUGCCUGCAACAAGAACAGAGAGUGGUCAGAGGAGUACGUCACAGACUUUCGACAUCUCCUACCAGGUGGCCUGAGUCAUGUGCCUUUGGCUGAUCAGCAGGAGGAAUGCGAUGAGACUGAUGUAUCUUUAAUCACAGGAGCCCUGCGAAGCAAUCAUUUGUUGAGCAGUGAGCCUGCAGAGUCCUCGUCUAGCUCUUCACUGGUCCUCAGGAACCAGCUGAUGACUGUAGCCAACACCAACUCAGCCGCAUCUUUUCUGGCAAAUCGUAGCUGGCACGGCUUAGAGCAGAAGCUGGGAGAGACACCGGUAGUGAAGGCAGUACAGGGCAGAAAAGGCAUUGCUAUUGCCUAUGAAGAGGAGGGAACGUCAACACGAUAAUUGACC